AUGGGCAUGAAUAUUGUUCAUCGAUUGCACCCGAAAAUGCCUCAAAAACAUAGCCGAUUGUUGAAGAAUGAUGAAAUUGAACAUAUUUUGGCUAAUGACUUGGGUACUGAAGAAACAAGAUGUAUAAGAUUGUACACUGAGAAACUCGAUCCAUAUAUUCUUAUAAAAGGUCUUGCAAAGAUGAAGGCACUUAGAUUUCUUUAUGUGGAUAUGAGAGAUUGUUUGUGGAACCUUGAACUUGAUACAUUUAGCCCAAGCUUUCCAGAUACUUUAGAAUAUUUGAGUUUUAAUCAAUACCCAUUUACGUCUUUACCUAAAACAUUUCAAGCAGGUAAUCUUGUUACACUUGACAUGCGUCGCAGCAAAAUCAUACUCCUUUGGGAAGGGGGAGAAAGAAAGGUUCCUGAGAAACUCAGAUUCCUUGAUCUCAGUUAUUCAAAGUUGAAGACCCUUGACCUUCGGUUGGUUCCAAAUCUCGAGACAUUAACUCUUACAGGAUGCAGUGAUCUGGUUGAAUUUCCAGAUGGUAUUUGGAAGUUGGAACAUCUGAAAUCUCUAGAACUUGAUGGUUGUAAGUUACUUGAGAAGUUAUCUGAGGAUCUUCACCGGUUAAGAUAUUUAGAGAAGCUAAACUUGUCAUCUACAAGUAUUGAAUAUCUCCCAUAUAGCAUUAGCAUAUUGAAGCAUCUAAAAUAUCUUCAACUUGAUAGAUGUCAGUUGAUUGAGAAGUUACCUGAGGAUCUUGGCCAACUAAAGUCAUUAGAACACCUCAGUUUGUCAUCUACAAAGAUUCAACAUCUUCCAGAUAGCAUUUAUAUGUUGAAACAUCUAGAAUCUCUGAAACUUGAUAAUUGUACGUUGCUUGAGAAGAUACCCGAAGAUGUUGGCAAACUAGAGUCAUUAGAGCACCUAACUUUGUCAUAUACAAAGAUUCAAUAUCUUCCAGAUAGCAUUUGUAUGUUGAAACGUCUAGAAUCUCUAAAACUUACUAAUUGUCAGUUGCUUGAGAAGUUGCCUGAAGAUCUUGGCCAAUUAGAGUCAUUAGAACAGCUCAGUUUGUCAUCUACAAAGAUUAAACAUCUUCCAAAUAGCAUUUGUAUGUUGAAACAUCUAAAAUCUCUCGAACUUAAUUUCAUUUUGCUUGAGGAGUUACCUGAGGAUCUUGGCCAAUUAGAGUCAUUAGAGCACCUAACUCUGUCAUCUACAAAGAUUCAACAUCUUCCGGAUAGAAUUUGUAUGUUGAAACAUCUGAAAUCUCUCAACCUAGGUGAUUGUUGGUUUCUUGAGAAGUUACCUGAGGAUCUUGGUCAAUUAAAGUGUUUAGAUAAGCUGCACAUAUCUUAUACAAAGAUUAAACAUUUUCCAGAUAGCAUUUCUAUGUUGAAACAUCUAAAAGUUCUCAAACUUUAUGAUUGGGGGUCAUUUGAGAUGUUACCUGAGGAUCUCAGUGGGUUACGCUGUUUAAAGGUGAUGCUGCUGUUUUCUACAAAGAUUAGGCAUCUUCCAGAUAACAUUUGUAUGUUGAAACAUCUGAAACUUCUCAGCUUGGCUCAAUGUUGGUUGCUUGAGAAGUUACCCGAUGAUAUUGGCCAAUUAGAGUUUUUAGAGAAGCUUCGUUUACAUCAUACAAAGAUUAAAUAUCUUCCAUAUAGUAUUUCUAUGUUGAAACAUCUAAAAGUUCUCAAAAUUGAUGAAUGUCAGUUGCUUGAGAUGUUACCUGAAGAUCUCGGUGGGUUAGACUUGCUUGAAAAGUUGCCUGAGGAUCUCAGUGGGUUAGUAUGUUUACAGGUGUUGCGUUUGCCAUAUACAUAUAUUAGAUAUCUUCCGGAUAGCAUUUGUAUGUUGAAACAACUGAGAGUUCUCAACCUGCGUGAAUGUUCUUUGCUGGAGAAGUUACCUGAGGAUCUUGGCGAAUUAGAAAGUUUAGAAUUCUUAAAUAAAGUAGAUAGCAUUUGUAUGUUGAAACAUCUAGAAUCUCUGAAACUUGAGGAUUGUACGUUCCUUGAGAAGAUACCCGAAGAUCUUGGCAAACUAGAGUCAUUAGAGCGCCUAACUUUGUCAUAUACAAAGACUCAAUAUCUUCCAGAUAGCAUUUGUAUGUUGAAACAUCUAGAAUCUCUAAAUCUUAUUAAUUGUCGAUUGCUUGAGAAGUUUCCUGAAGAUCUUGGCCAAUUAGACUCGUUAGAACAACUCAAUUUGUUAUCUACAAAGAUUAAACAUCUUCCAAAUAGCAUUUGUGAUUGUUGGUUUCUUGAGAAGUUACCUGAGGAUCUUGGUCGUUUAAAGUGUUUAGAUAAGCUGCACAUAUCUUAUACAAAGAUUAAACAUUUUCUAGAUAGCAUUUCUAUGUUGAAACAUCUAAAAGUUCUCAAACUUCAUGAUUGGUCGUCAUUUGCGAUGCUACCUGAGGAUCUCAGUGGGUUACACUGUUUAAAGGUGCUGCUGCUGUUAUCUACAAAGAUUAGGCAUCCUCCGGAUAGCAUUUGUAUGUUGAAACAUUUGAAACUUCUCAGCCUGGCUCCAUGUUGGUUGCUUGAGAAGUUACCCGAUGAUCUUGGCCUAUUAGAGUUUUUAUAA